AUGUCUAAUAAGAUUGUUGUUCUAGGGGCGGGUGUCUCGGGCCUCACAACUGCAUAUCUUCUGUCCAAAGAUCCCGCCAACAAACUCACCAUACUGGCAAAGUAUAUGCCUGGUGACUACGAUAUUGAAUAUGCAUCUCCGUGGGCUGGUGCCGACUAUUUGCCUUUUGGAAAAGAGGGCAGUAAUCAACGUGAAUGGGAGCGGGCUUCCUGGCCAGCGUUGAGAGAAAUAGCAGAGAAGUUUCCCGAGGCAGGUCUAUAUUUUCGAAAUUGUUUGAUCUACAAGCGCAAGAAGGACCAGGGACCUGCUGCGAGGGGCGAGAUUUCGAAGUCUGUCCAGUCGCCUCCCUGGUUCGCCGACUUGAUGCCAGACUUCAAAGUGAUCUCUUCGGAUCAAUCGGCACCUGAAAUCGACAGUGUUCAAAGUUUCACUUCUAUUUGCAUCAAUACCGCCAUUUAUCUACCGUGGCUAGUUGGCCAAUGUGUCAAAAAUGGUGUCAUUUUCAACAGAGCCAGUUUCCAUCAUAUUUCCGAAGCUGCCAAUGCACAUCAUUCAGGGCAAAAUGCAGAUGUUAUAGUUAACUGCACAGGGCUAUCUUCCAAAUUCCUCAAUGGAGUUCGUGAUGACAAUCUCUAUCCAGAUAGGGGUCAGAUUGUGAUCGUUCGUAAUGAUCCCGGCUUCAUUGUCUCUGUCUCAGAGGCUGAAAGUGGUAGAAAUGAAGUCUCAUAUAUUAUACCUCGCGCUUGUGGCGGAGGUACCAUUAUUGGCGGCUCACACCAUCAGCACGAUUGGAACCCCUUGCCAGACCCAAACCUUGCAAAUCGUAUUAUGAAACGUGCUAUUGCGAUUUGUCCACAGCUUGUGAAGAAGGGCCAGGGAAUUGAGGGUUUGGAUAUUGUUCGGCACGGCGUUGGAUUACGACCUAUGCGCAAUGGUGGGCCUCGGGUUGAGAAAGACCAAGUGGAAGGUGUGUCAGUGGUUCAUAAUUAUGGCCAUGGAGGCUUUGGAUACCAGGCUUCGUUUGGCUGUGCCGUUACAGCUGUCUCGUUAGUAAAAGAAGUAUUGUCAAAGAAAACGCGGGCUAAACUUUGA